GGCUGGGGUGGGCGCGCGCAGGGCUCCAGCUCCCGGCAGCCGCCUGGGUGGGGACUGGCUGGUUGCCCCCGCCUCCCCCCCCUAACCCCCCUUCCCUUAGCACAGCCCCCGCUCCCCGGGGAGUAACCAGCCGGCUCGGGGCCAGGUAGGUCUGACGUCACGGUGGCUUUCGUAGUUUUGACGUGUCGGCGCUCCUUUUCCAGCCCGGCACUGGAGGCUCCGCUCAGCCCCGAGCCGGAGCCGGAGCCGGAGCCGGAGCCAGCGCCGCAGCCGCGUGUGUCCGCGCAGCCCCUGCCAUGGCCCCGCCGCGCCCCGCCGCGAUCGCCACGCUGCUGCUGGUGCUGGUGCUGGUGCUGCCGGGCGCCGCCUGCCUGGCCGCGCGGCCCGGCGCCGACAAGCAGUUCCUCAAUGAAUGGGCGGCCGAGAUCCCCGGGGGGCCCGAGGCGGCGCGGGCCAUCGCCGAGGAGCUGGAGUACGAGCUGCUGGGGCAGAUUGGAUCACUCAAAAAUCACUACUUAUUCAGACAUAAAAGCCAUCCAAGAAGGUCUCGAAGAAGUGCUGUUCAUAUCUCUAAGAGGCUUUCUGAUGAUGAGCGGGUGUCAUGGGCAGAGCAGCAAUAUGAAAAAAAGCGAACUAAGCGUGCAGCCCUGAGAGACUCUGCAGAAAAUCUUUUCAAUGAUCCUAUGUGGAAUCAGCAGUGGUACCUGCAAGAUACAAGGAUUACUCCCUCUCUGCCUAAGCUAGAUCUCCAUGUUAUACCUGUAUGGCAAAAAGGGAUUACAGGCAAAGGUGUUGUUAUAACUGUCCUGGAUGAUGGCUUGGAGUGGAAUCACACUGACAUCUAUGCUAACUAUGAUCCACAGGCAAGUUACGAUUUCAAUGACAAUGAUCAUGAUCCCUUUCCUAGAUAUGAUCCAACAAAUGAAAACAAGCAUGGGACACGAUGUGCAGGAGAAAUUGCCAUGCAAGCCAAUAACAAGAAGUGUGGAGUUGGAGUAGCAUAUAAUUCCAAAGUGGGAGGUAUACGAAUGCUGGAUGGAAUAGUCACUGAUGCCAUUGAAGCCAGUUCAAUCGGUUUUAAUCCAGAACAUGUGGAUAUUUACAGUGCAAGCUGGGGUCCAAAUGAUGAUGGUAAAACUGUAGAGGGUCCUGGCAGACUAGCACAGAAGGCUUUUGAAUAUGGGAUCAACCAGGGCCGAAAUGGAAAAGGUUCCAUUUUUGUAUGGGCUUCUGGGAAUGGUGGUCGUCAGGGUGAUAACUGUGACUGUGAUGGCUACACAGAUAGUAUCUACACUAUCUCCAUUAGCAGUGCUUCCCAACAAGGCCUUUCUCCUUGGUAUGCAGAGAAGUGCUCCUCAACUCUGGCCACAGCAUACAGCAGUGGGGAUUAUACUGACCAGAGAAUUACAAGUGCUGAUCUUCAUGAUGAAUGUACAGAGACUCACACUGGAACCUCUGCAUCUGCUCCAUUGGCAGCGGGGAUUUUUGCUCUAGCCCUUGAAGCAAACCCUAAUCUAACAUGGAGGGAUAUGCAACAUUUGGUAGUCUGGACAUCAGAAUAUGACCCACUGGCUGGUAAUCCAGGAUGGAAGAAAAAUGGAGCAGGGUUGAUGGUGAAUAGCCGAUUUGGAUUUGGAUUACUUAAUGCCAAGGCACUGGUGGAUUUAGCUGAUCCUAAAGCGUGGAAAAGUGUGCCUGAAAAGAAAGAGUGUAUAGUCAAGGACAGCAGUUUUGAACCAAGGUUAUUAAGAGCAAAUGGUGAAGUAACCAUCGAAAUUCCCACGAAAGCUUGUGAAGGGCAAGAGAAUUCUAUUGCAUCUUUGGAACAUGUGCAAUUUGAGGCAACGAUUGAAUAUUCCCGCAGAGGUGAUCUGCACGUCACUCUCACUUCCCCAUCAGGCACCAGCACUGUUCUACUGGCUGAAAGGGAGAGAGAUAAGUCUCCCAAUGGCUUUAAAAAUUGGGACUUCAUGUCUGUUCACACAUGGGGAGAGAACCCAGCAGGUACUUGGGUUUUAAGAAUUACUGAUGUGUCCAGGAGAAUCCAAAAUGAAGGGAGGAUUGUGAACUGGAAACUGAUUUUGCAUGGCACUUCUGUCCAACCUGAACAUAUGAAACAGCCUCGUGUAUACACAAACUACAAUGCUGUGCAAAAUGACAGAAGGGGAGUGGAGAAGAUGACAGACUUUGUAGAGGACCACACCACGCAGGAGAACCUAAAGGAAAAAUCCAAAGUCACAGGAGGUACCAGCAGUAGCACUGAUAAAAUGGGAGACAAAAUCCCAUCGGAGGCAAUGCUUCACCUAUUGCAAAGUGCUUUCAGCAGGCAGAUGUCCCAGAAUCGAGCACCAAAGAAGACUCCAAGUGAAAAGUUAACUAUUCCAUAUGAACAUUUCUAUCAAGCCCUUGAAAAAUUAAACAAGCCCUCCCAGUUAAGAGACUCAGAGGAAAGUCUAUACAGUGACUACGUUGACCUUUUUUACAACACCAAAUCAUACAAGCAUAGAGAUGAUAGACUGCUGCAGGCCUUGGUUGAUAUUUUGAAUGAAGAAAACUAAAAUGUAUGAUACAGCACUGGAGUUGGAAAUAUUCAUGCCCCUCCUCCCCCACCUACUCUUCCCUUGCCAGCCCUGUAUUUUACACUCUAGUUGUACAAUUACUGUUUUGAACACUUCAUCCUUAACAAGGAUGUCAAGAAGGGAAAAGCAGCAGAAAGUGUGAGGUACUAAGCUUAUGGGUGUUUGUGAUCGCUGUAUUCAAGGUCUUUCUUCAUUACUAUCAAAGUAGAUGGUUUCUUUCCUGUGGCAUGAAAUACAACUGUAGGCCUCAGAAAAUGCAGCCCUCAAGUUCAAACCCUUUUUCUUUUACUUAUUUUUCCACACUUUAUUCUCUGAGCAAGCAUUGAGCUUGAAAAUCAGGGUUGUCAAGCCAUUCUCAACUGAACUGCCAAAGCUAUGGGGAGAUACUGCCUUCUCCAGGCCUGUAAUAAAUAUAUCAAUCCUUAUCACACAUGGCAUCCACUUAAGAUUUAACACUAGCUACAAAUGCUAUCACAAAUACAGAUUCCCUGGCCAUUUUCCAGAUGACAACCAACCCUAAGAUCUCUGUUCUAUAGGAAAGAAAUCUAGAAUGGCUGGAAAACUUGCAGUGCGUUUGAGCUUUGCAGACAGCUAUAAAUCAGAAGACUCCAUUAUCCACAGUUGAAAAAAAAAGGAUUUGACUUUAUUCUGAUCUCAUAUCAGUAGAGUUUAAACUAAAAUGAAAGUUAAAAUGAUAUAUAAAAACGCAGACAGAAUCAAGCCAAUGAUCCCCAUCACCAGUGGUAUUGUAGAAAGUACAGCAGCAAAGUCUGUAAUCAGCUUGUUUUAUCAGUGAUGUUUCAGGAAUCUUUGGUGGAUUUUAGUCCUACCAGGGGCUGAGGGCUUGAGGCCAGGCACUGGGGACAAGUCUAGAGCAAUUUCACCAGCAAACUUUUGGCUCUGGACCUCAUCAAUGGAGUUGGGUCCUGUUCUCCCGGAGACCUGCAGCAGAUGCGGUAUAGGCAAGCUCGAAGUAGGCAUAGGGAAGAUAUUUCCAUAAGAGAUUCUGUAAAAUGGGAUGACAGUGUCAGAGGUUGAUUGCAACAAUUCUUAAAUCCUUUGGUGAAUUGAGAGGAAAAUGGACAGAGAGUAAAAAAAGAUGGAAGAAGUUAUCAUGGGCAAAGGAACUGAAAAAAGGAGGAAAAGAAUAGGUAAAUGGGGAAAAGGUUGAAACAAAAUUGGGGAGAAGGAAGGCAGCCAUCAAAGACAGGGAAGAUGAAAAAAAAGGACAAAAUAUAGAAGAGAAAAUAGGGAAGGAAGAGAAAUAUGGAGAGAAUCCCCUUGAAUGACAGCAGGUAAACUGCUAGUUUGACUUGGAUGGUGGGGGGUUUGCUGGAACAGAAUGGUCUGAAAGGGCAGCACACAUCUCAGCAACUAUACUUCAGACACACAUUUGUAAUGGGAAUGUGAGUUGGCAUAUAUUUUGUUACUCAUAAAUUUGAAAAGAGAGUAUGUAGUUCUGUAAGCAGGUAAAAAUUGGAGAAACCUAGGGCAGGGGAAUACAGGGAUUUCAAGUGGUAGAAUAAAGGCAGUGAUUAAUUACAAUGCCAAAGCUGUCUAAAUAAAUGCUGACUAGAUUUACCUCCUUUUCUCAAAUGUCUCUAAAUGUCUUUUCCAAAUAGAUUUUAGAAAUACAUAUCACUGUUCCAGUAUCUCCAUUUCACGAGUGGUACUGGUGUCUCCCAAACUGGGAACUUUGCUCUGCAUGGAUGCAGAUUUUCAAAACCACUGUUAAAUCCUCAUAUUUAAAAUAAAAACCUAGGUACUCUAACAAUAGUUAAUCCCACUGAUAAAGUAACCAAUUUAAAAAAAACAACAGGACUUCUUUUAUAAGAAUUUAAAAAAAAAAACUCAGAUUUCUCAUUCAUUCAGAUGGUAUCAUGUAGUUCUUGGAUUUAAUUCUGCACUAUGCCACUUUUAAUUGGAUUUAACUCAGUUGGCUUAAGAAUUCCUACUGUACAUCUUCAGACUCUCAAGGCAGUGACUUCUUGUUUGAAGUGUGUUAUUACUAAAUUUCCUCUUCCUUCUCUGUCUUUCUCUCUUUUCCUCCUCACUCUCUUUCUGUUAUAUUAGAAGUUUUUCUUGGAGGUAGGAAGUGGUCAAAACAUGGAAGUGGUUGAAACCAGAAAGCUUUCUUGUGUUUCUUAUGAUGUCCCUUAACACUAAGACUUAGAAAGGCAGUUUAGAGAGGUGCUGACAGGAAAACAUGACUCAUUUCAUAGCUAGGAGUGGACAGCAGGGUACACGAGCUAAUUUCUACUCCUGCUUUAGUUUUGAGUACUGGGAGCUAAUUGUUAUGUCAUGAGCCUUAACAGCGACUGUCUUCAGGGAGCAGCAGUAAGAGCAAACCCCCAUUGCUGUAUGAUUACUUCACGCUUUAGUAACAGCAGAUUCAAUAAUGGUCCAUAAACAGUGUAUUCAUGUUAAAUACAUUAUAUGUAUAUAAGUUAUAUACAUGACUUUUCCUUUGUUUUAAGCCCAAUUCCAAUGUUAUAGCCAAAGUUUCAUCAGAGAACAGCUUUAAAAUUAAUCUGAUGAAAGUCUGUCUCUUGAAUGUUUCCAACCCAGAGUAUAUUGUACAGACUUAAAUUAUUUUUAUUGGUAGUCUUUUCUUGGUGCCUGUGUGGGUUUUGUGAAAACUGUAAAAGGGAAAAAAAGAUGUUUUCUCUCAGAAUUUUAAAUUAUAUUUUCUUUACAGGUAUUUAUAAUAUAUCAAAGAUUUUAUCAAACGGACAGAAUUUUAAAAGGCAUAAUAAAUUAUAUUAAAGAACCAAAUUUUUCUUGAGAAAGAGAAAAUUUCAUCCAAUAAAGGUAUUUUUAAAAGGCAUGUUCCAACAGUAACUACAACAUGUAUGUGAUGUGCUGUUAAAAUUACAUUUGUCUAAUAAUAGCAUAAUACAGUAUGUUAGCAGAG